AUGAAAAUUGGUGUAUCCGCUGAGGUAUACUAUGUUCGCGAAGGUCACGUAAACAAUUAUGCUCUCAAUUUCAUAGUACCAGUGCCGGCGAAUGUGCGGGACAUUACUUUUACCUGGCAAAGUUUGGCCGGUCGCCCACUUCCUUACAGCAUUAACGUGGUCUCAACAGAUCAGGAAAUUCUGCCGCGCCCCUUAAUUAACAUCUCCCAGAUCGGUGAAAUACCAACUAACGAGCAAACGUUUGCUAUCGGCCUCAAAUGCUCGGGUAUACGCGCUUCCGAGGUGGACGUAACAAUUUCAAUUGAGGUUAUACUCAAUCGCGCACUCAGCAAUGUAACUCAUUUGGUUUUUCGACGCAAAAGGAUUUGCCUACUCGCCGAACCAGAAGAGAACACAGUGCUUGGACCUGUGUUAUUGGAGACCGCUGUGCCACCUCCCACUGGCAUAUUGACCAUCAUUGUUAGCAGCUCUUUGGCCUUGGCACUCGUUAUCAUUUUGCUCAUGACCGCCUACUGUGUGCGUCGUUCGGCGAAGCGUCAAAACCAUGGUCAACUCAUGCGCACGUCGAGCUUCCAGCGUCUCAACACGAACGUCCCAUGCCAGCAGUCUGCCACUUAUAUCGGUCCACCGUCUAUAAUUUCACCUAUCCAUAGUUCUUUGCCACGCAAAGUGGGAACUCAACAGCCGGAAGAGUUGCAUAGGCGCAUAUCAGAGUUGACUGUGGAGCGUUGCCGUGUGCGUCUGUCAAAUCUACUUCAAGAGGGUACGUUUGGGCGCGUCUACCGUGGUACCUACAAUGACAACCAAGAUGUUCUGGUGAAGACAGUGGCGCAACAUGCAAGUCAAAUGCAAGUCUCUCUACUGCUACAGGAGGGUAUGUCGCUGUAUGGCGCUUCCCAUCAGGGCAUUCUCUCGGUUUUAGGCGUAUCGAUUGAAGACCACACCACACCUUUCGUGCUCUACUCAGCGCCGAAUACCACUCGUAAUCUGAAGCUUUUCCUGUUGGAUCCGUCUUGCGCACGGACGAUAACCACUGUGCAGAUUGUGAUGAUGUCCACCCAAUUGGCGCAGGCUUUGGUACACUUACAUAGCCAUGGAGUUGUACACAAGGAUAUUGCAACGCGAAACUGCGUCAUCGAUGACCAGUUACGCGUUAAGUUGUCAGACAGUUCGCUCUCUCGCGAUCUCUUUCCGGGCGAUUACAAUUGUUUGGGUGACAGCGAAAAUCGUCCUGUAAAGUGGCUUUCUCUGGAAGCUUUGCAGCACAAGCAGUUCUCUGAAGCAAGCGACUCUUGGGCGUUUGGCGUACUUAUGUGGGAGUUGUGUACAUAUGCGAAACAGCCUUACUCAGAGGUAGAUCCUUUCGAAAUGGAACAUUAUUUGAAGGACGGCUAUCGAUUAGCGCAACCAUUCAACUGUCCAGAUGAGCUGUAA